GCGUUGGUCUCGUGCCGCUGGAUAUGCGCGUUCGCGUGGAGAGCGCAGAUCCUUCUCGCGCCAUAGGUCGUUCAGCCGGUUUUAUUUCGCAUUAAAUGUGUACAUUUGAUCUUUAUUUUGUCCUUUGAGCGGUUGGGGGGAAGUUGUGUCUCCCGUUCUGCCUUUUAAUGACUGGUUUGGUGUUUUGCUGCGCGAUGUACAUGGAUAAAACCAGUGUGCUCCGGGGCCCCUGUCUCGGAGCCCACGAGACCCCUCAGCACCUCUGCUCUGACCCUGGACCCCUGGAUUCACAGCUCUGCAAUGGCACAAGUGACAGCGGACCUCAGGAUGUCCCGCCUCCACCCCCCAAAACACGCCCACCUUUACCUGGGCCAAAGCCUCAAGUGCCCCCGAAACCACCACAUCUACAGCAGCAGUGCGCUCGACGGCCACGCACCCCAGACAAGCCCCUCCCCCCACCACCCUGCCGCCCACUCCCCGCUGACCCUCGCCAAUCACGCACCACUUUACCAAGAGCAGAUGGAAGCUCCUCCCCCACUUGUGUCCUUUCGCUCAUCGAGAAGUUUGAGAGGGAGCAGAUCAUUGUGGUGCCAGAUAUCACCGGAGGAGUGAUGUGCACCCCACGAGUCCCCGAACCGCAGGCAGCUGCAGGGGCAGUUAGUCCCCCACCCUUGGAGUUCAUCUUACCUUGCACCUCCCUUGAAGCACCACUAGAGGCGCCGCUGGCAGAAGCAGAGAAAGAAGAAAAGGACGAAACAGAGGUGGACGAAACUGAAGAAGACGACAGUGAACUCGGAGCGUCUUGCUCAGAAAAGCGACUUUCUAUGGAAUCAGGUUACGGUGCUUGUGAUAAACUGCUGGACACUAUGGAAAUAAGGGACCUUACGGCCAACCAAUCAGAAAUCCCUUCUGACCGCUUGUCCCUCCCACCGUCCCAGAUGGAUGGGAAGCUGGCCAAUAGGGAUAGUGGUAUUGACAGCAUCAGUUCGCCCUCGCACAGUGAGGAGUUGUGCUUUGUUGGGGACGAGGAUCGCAUCGGCCAUGAGAGGGACAUUUGUCCCUGCAGCCCAGGGCCCGGCCUCUCUUGUGGCUAUGUGGAGGGGCCCGAAGGAGAGGGGGCCAGUGGUGUAGAAGGAGGCAGAGACUCAGAGGGGGACAGUGAUAUGGAGGAAGGCAGCGGGGACGAAAGUGAAAUGAAUCCGAUGGCUCUACAACCUCUCCCUAAAGCUGAGAGACAGGACUCCACAGAGCUGUCAGUCCAGCAGCGAGUGUUUAACAUUGCUAAUGAGCUGCUGCAUACAGAGAAGGCUUAUGUGUCCAGACUGCACCUCCUGGAUCAGGUUUUCUGCGCUCAGCUGAUGGAGGAGGCUCGAACCCGCAGCUCUUUCCCCUCUGAGAUGGUCAUGGGCAUCUUCUCCAACAUCUGCUCUAUAUACUGCUUCCACCAGCAGUUCCUGCUGCCUGCACUGGAGAAACGCAUGGAGGAGUGGGACCUGUACCCCCGCAUCGGGGACAUCCUGCAGAAGCUGGCACCUUUCCUCAAGAUGUACGGAGAGUAUGUCAAAAACUUUGACAGAGCCAUGGAGCUGGUGAACACCUGGAUGCAACGCUCCUCUCAAUUCAAAACCAUCAUUCAUAACAUCCAGAAAGAGGAGAGGUGUGGGAAUCUUACCCUACAGCACCACAUGUUGGAGCCCGUGCAGCGAAUCCCACGUUACGAGCUGCUGCUCAAAGACUAUCUGCACCGUCUGCCAGAGGACGCGGAUGACUUCAAAGAUGCGCAGAAAUCUCUGGAGCUGAUCGCCACAGCGGCAGAACAUUCAAAUGCUGCCAUCAGAAAAAUGGAGCGCAUGAGGAAGCUGUUAAAGGUCUACGAGUUGCUCGGUGGAGAAGAGGACAUCGUUAACCCGACUAAUGAACUUAUUAAAGAGGGACACAUACUAAAACUGUCGGCCAAGAAUGGCACUUCACAGGAUCGAUACCUCAUUCUGUUCAACGAUAGGUUGUUGUACUGUGUCCCAAAACUGAGGCUGAUAGGACAGAAAUUUGGUGUCCGAGCACGGAUUGACGUUGACGGCAUGGAGCUGAAAGAGACCAACAGCAUGAAUGUAUCACGGACGUUCCUAGUGUCCGGAAAGCAACGUUCUCUAGAGCUGCAAGCAAGGACGGAGGAAGAGAAGAGAGAUUGGAUUCAGGCAAUUCAGGCCACUAUACAGAGACACGAACAGACGCUAGAAACUUUCCGAAUGAUCAACUGCUCGUUUCGUGAGGAGGACUUCACUCCUCCAAACUCUCCGAAUUGCACAGAGCUUGGAAAGCGAGCGCCCACUCCGAUCCGAGAGAAAGAGGUCACACUGUGUAUGAAGUGUCAGGAGCCGUUCAACUCUAUUACCAAACGACGACAUCACUGCAAAGCCUGUGGACAUGUGGUGUGUGGAAAGUGUUCGGAGUUCCGCGCUCGUCUGUUGUACGAUAACAACCGAGCCAACCGAGUGUGUAUAGACUGCUAUACAAUGCUGGUAGGAGUGCCGCCCUCUCCGGCCAGUCUGACCAAUAGCACACAAAGGCGUCGCUCCAUUCUAGAGAAACAGGCCUCUGUGGCAGCUGAAAACAGUGUGCUAUGUAGUUUCCUGCAUCUCAUGGAGAAGGGAAGUGGACGUGGAUGGCAAAAGGCCUGGUUUGUCAUCCCUGAAAAUGAACCAAUGGUGCUGUAUAUCUAUGGUGCUCCACAGGAUGUCAAAGCUCAGCGCAGUAUUCCCCUGAUUGGAUUUGAGGUGUCUCUACCUGAAACAAGUGACCGUCUAGAACGUCGCUACGCCUUCAAAAUGAGUCAGAGUCAUUUGACCGUUUACUUCAGUGCCGACAGUGAGGAGCUACAGCGACGCUGGAUAGAGGUUUUAUCAAGAGCUGGGAGGGGGGAGGAGUUGCAGUCAAAUGGUCCGAUUUCUGAGGCCCUCGAGGAAGAGGGGGAGGAGCUAGCGCUUGUGGGAGAAAGCACAUGAUUGGCUUAAAAAUAUGAAACACACAAACUGUACAAAUGUGACCACAGCAACAGGAUAUAGUAAACAAGAACACACACACACAUAUAACUUCUCUCUUACACACAUCUGUGUUAAUUGUCAGUUGUAAAUUGCAUGAAAAAUCUACAGGUACGUUUCAAUGUGUAUUGCUCAACUAGUGUGAGUGACCAGUGUUUGGAAAAAUCGGACAAAAGUAUGCACACUUUAAAGACAACUUAUCAGAAGACACGUGGUUAUGUGCAUCAUAUUGAGUAUCAGCUCUUUUGACGGCUAGCAUUUUCUGUGUUAAAUCGACUGUUUCUGCCAAAUGUGGAGGUGUUGUGAAGUGGCUUCUCGACUGAGGCUUCCAACUCUGCAAAAGAAGACCUGCGGGCUUUGUUUUAGCAAAGUGAGACUGUUUUACUCAUGUUAGUAUGGUGA